AUGGAGCCGGCCCUUCUGAAGGACAAAACUAAGCUCGCGGUGGCAGCCGUGAAGGGCGAGCAGACGCAGGACCUCUAUGUUGCAGUCACAAAGGCCACGUUGGCAGAGGAGGUGGUGCCCAAGGAGAAGCAUGUCCGCACACUCAAGAUCGCCUGCAGCGCGCACGCGCCGCGCCAGCAGGUCGACUUCGUGAUCUACAAGCUCGCGAAGCGCCUCAACAGCCCCAACUGGGUCGUCGCGCUCAAGGCACUCAUGGUGUUCCACCGCCUCAUGCGCGAGUGCGACCCCAGCUUCCAGGAGCAGGUCCUGCGCUUCGCGGACCGCACGGGCCGCCACCGGCUGCUGUGCCUGGACCGAUACGCGGACCACUCGAGCCGCGAGACAUGGGACUAUUCCGCGUGGAUCCGCGCGUACGGCGUCUUCCUGGACGAGAGGCUCGACGCCUUCAGGAACAUGCGCUUUGACCCGGAGAGUGGCGCCCACCAGGCGCGCCAGCAGCAGGGCGCGUACGGCGGCCCCACGGGCGCGUCUGGCGGGCCCACCGGCUUCGGCAGCGGCGGCUACGGCGGCCCCACCGGUGGGCCGACCGGCGGCCUCAGCGGCGGGUAUGGCGGCUACGGCGGCCCCACUGGCGGUCCCUCUGGCGGGUACGGCGGGUACGGCGGUUACGGCGGCCCCACCGGCGGCCCCACCGGCGGUUACGGCGGCUACGGCGGCCCCACCGGCGGCCCCACCGGCGGUUACGGCGGUUACGGCGGCCCCACUGGCGGCUACUCGAACGGCGGGCCGACUGGCAGCCCGCGCAACGGAGGCGGCGGCGGCGCCAGCGACGCAAACGGCGGCGCCGGCGCGCAGCAGCAGCCGCAGGCGGCGCCGUCGUCUCUGAAGGAGUGUGCCGGGCCGGAGCUGCUGGAGCGUCUCCCGCGCAUGCAGCGGCUGAUGCUGCGCACGAUCGCAUGCGUGCCGGAGGGCGCCGCCGCGGUCAACCCCCUGUGCCUGACGGCGGCCAACUGGGUGCUGCGGGAGUCCAAGGCGGUGUACCGCGCCGCCAGCGAGGGCGUCAUUAACCUGGCCGACAAGUUCUUCGAGAUGGAGCGCUCGGACGCGCUCAGGUGCGGCGGCGGCGGGGGGGUCGCGGCGGGCGCGGCGCCGGCGGCCAAAGCGGGGCUGGAGCUGUACAAGGACGCGCUGUCGCUGCACGAGAAGCUGACGGGUUACUACACAGCAAUGCAGGCCGUGCCUGCACUCAGGACCGCGAUCCACUACCCCACGCUGCAGCCGCUGCCCUCUGACUUUGUGUCCACCAUGGAGGAGUAUGCCAAGGAAGCGCCGCGCGACGGCACGGGGCCGCCCAAGAAGGCGGUGCCGCCCACCAGCAGCGUCCUGGUGGAGGCCGAGGAGGAGGAGGAGCCCGCGCCCGCCGCGGCGGCCGAGGAGGCGCCCGCGGAGGAGGCGGCGAAGGAGGAGGCGCAGCCGCCGUCGCCGCCGCGGCGGCCGAGCUCGCCGGUCAAGGCGGCGCUGAUGCCGAUGCUGGACCUGCUGUCGUUCGAUGAGGAGCCCGCGCCCAGUGAGCUGGCAGGGGGCCGCGCGGGGCCGCACUAUCGCUCAACUGCUUAA